AUGAAUGUGUAUUUUGUAAAUUUUAUGUUACUGGCACAUUUUGAAUUGUGUCAAAGUCGUCGAUAUGAUAACUUUACACUAUACAGUGCAACUCCCACGGAGCAAUACCAAUUGAAUUUCUUGCAAAAUUUACGUUCCGAAAAGUACAUUGAUGUAAUAUUCUGGAAGAAACCUUCGAAACUAUUUAAUGACGUCCAUUUCAUGGUCAAUCCAAUUGACUCAGAGCUAUUCCAAGAGAGACUUGAUCACUUUAGGUUGGAAGCACAUACAUUGAUCCCAAAUAUUCAAAGUGCAUUUGACUCUCAAAAAAUCAAGAAGUACACGAGCCUUAAAAUCGAUUCAUUUACCUGGGACUCCUAUCACAGUUUAGAAGAUAUCUAUCAAUGGAUAUCCGAUGUAGCUUUGAAAUUUCCUAAAACAGUCGAGUUACACAGUAUUGGAAAAUCAGUUGAAGGGAGAGAUAUUUAUGCAAUAUUUAUAAAAACAUCUAAUAGUAAGGCAAACGUAGUCAUUGAUGCUGGUAUUCACGGUCAUGAAUGGAUAUCAACGGCAUUUGUAACGUUUUUAAUUAAGAAGCUAAUCUACGCUCAAGAUAUAGGAGAUGAGCGACUCAAUGAAUUGGCAAACAAGUAUAACUGGUUCAUCAUACCCAUCGUUAAUCCAGAUGGUUUUGAUUACAGCAUUAAAGUUGAUAAUUAUGGUAAGCAAGCAAUAUUACGAAUGUACAAACUGAACGGCGUGAAAUAUAGUAUUGGAACUACGUAUGAUACAUUAGGUAUACGUGUAUCAGGCAGUAGUCCGAGCUGGGUUAAAAAUAAUUACAAGACUAAAUAUGUCAUAACAUUUUUGUUACGAGACAAUGGAACAUACGGCUUUGCUUUGCCAAACGAACAGAUAAUACCAACCUGCCAAGAAACUUUAGUGGGACUGGUUGAACUGAUGACUGCUAAGCCAAGACGCAAUCUACCAUUAUCAUAUGAUGUUAAUUUUUGGAGGCCACCAGGAGAGGUUAACAAAACAAUUGAUGUGGCCGUAUCACCUGAGUGUAAACUAGCUUUUAUAAAAGAUGCUGAACAAUCGGAUAUUUAUUUAAUAACAAUCAUGAAAGAUAUACAAAGACCCAGAGUAAUAAUAGAAGGUGGAAUUCACGCUAGAGAGUGGAUCUCUCCAGCCUUUGUAACCUACAUGAUGCAGCAAAUCGUACAUUCUCCUUCAUCAAAUAACAGUGAAUUGAAAAAAAUUGCUCAGGCUUACGAGUGGUAUUUCGUGCCGAUUUUGAAUCCUGAUGGCUACGAAAUUACCCACACAUCGGACAGAUUAUGGCGAAAGAAUAGUAGAGGUGUUGAUUUAAAUAGGAAUUUUGAGAUCGAGUUUGGAAGCAUCGGUGUUAGCUCUAACAAAUUGGAUGAAACAUACUGUGGAGAAAAUGCAUUUUCUGAACGGGAAAGUUCAGCCAUGGCUUCUUAUGUGCGUUCGAAGAGUGACAGAUUGGAGUAUUACUUGGCAUUUCACUCAUAUGGUCAAUGCAUGAUCAUACCUUACGCUUAUGCAAAAACACAUAUGGAUAAUUUCGAUGAAGUGGUAAACACGCAUUAA